AUGCUGAUGUAGAAAAAAUAGAAGAUGAAUUUGAUAAAUCAUUAUCUGGAGCAUAUAAAUUACCUUUUGUUUUUGACUUAAUAAAUUUUGAUUCAGAAAAAUUAAAAAAUAUUGAUGUAGAUGUUAAUAGACCAGGUAUUUUACCUAUUUUAACUGGUAGUAGAAAAACAACUAAAUUAGUAAGAUGUUUGUUAAUAUGCAUCUUCCCUGGAAGACACAUUAUCUUGAUUACGCCUAAUGAAGAAUUAGCUGCGGAUACUAAAAAUCAUCACAAUGUAGUUGAAGAUAAAGAUGAUUUUUUUCAAAUGACUGAUGAUAUAAGAGAAACUAGUGGUGAAAUUAGUAAAUCAACAUUAUCGAUAUUACAAUUACACCAUCUAGUCAGAUACAUAGCAUGUAGAAAGGAUUACAAAGUUUUAGUCAUAAGUACUACUUUUCCAAAUAAAGAAUUCUCUAUAUCAACUUCAAAACACAGAGAAGUUUGUUCGAUAAUCAAAUUUGGUAAUCAAACAAAUUGGAAAAAUGAAAAGACACAAAUUUUUUUUAGAACAACUAAUAAUGAAUAUCAUAGAAAAUCAACUGAUGAAGAAGAUCUCAAAAAACCAUUAUUAAAAUCUAGAUUGGAACUAGAUAGAUUAAAAAUGCUAGAAGAUAGUAAUAUUCCAUAUGUAAUAUUUGAUAGUAUGAAUUCUUCCGCAGUAACUGGUAUAACAGAAGAAAUACCACCUAGAUCUCUUUUCAUAGCAAAUAAAAACCAUGAAAUGGCUUUAGAUGCAGAAAGAUGGAUAUAUGAUACUCCAGAUGUUCAACCUUUACCAGUAGCUAGCAUGAUUCAACAAAUAGGUCAUGUUGGUCGUCUCAAACCUGGAAAAGCUUUCUUAACAACUCAAAGAUUACAAGAAAUAAUACCAGAUAAUAAUGUUAUAUUUCAUCUUAUCAAUGCAAUGAUGCUUAAAGAAUCUUUAAAUCCAAUGAAACUAUUGAAUAAAGCAGGAUAUAACUACAUUAGAAGACCUGGAGAUUAUAAAUAUCAAAAUUUUUUAUGGGCUGCUAUUGCUCUUCCAUAUAAAAAAGAUUGUCCUGUAGAAGCUGUUGUAGUAGGCUUAGAUAGAAACCCUAAACUAAGUUCUACUACUCUAUUAAAGAUUUGUCCAAUAUACAAUGUUCUACUAAAUUCUAAUGUCAAAGAUAAAAAUCUAUGA